GGGCUCCCUUUUAGCCGGCUACGCAGAGGCCGCCAGCCCUUGCCUUCCGGCGUCUUCACGGGUUGCUGUUUUGGCGGGAGUUCGCGGCGGGUGUGAGGUAAGGUUCCUGUGGGGGGAGAGAGAGGCGCAGAAGUGGCUAGUUCCCAGAUUUUAUAGGCCCCCAAUGGAUACCAUGUUGGAAGCCAGACUCCAGACCAAGCAGAGGAACACCCAGAACAGCCGGGAGACCAGCUUGUGGUCCUCAGGCUUUGGGAUGAAACUGGAGGCUGUUACCCCAUUCCUGGGGAAAUAUCGCCCCUUUGUGGGUCGCUGCUGCCAGACCUGCACUCCUAAGAGCUGGGAGUCCCUCUUUCACAGAAGCAUAAUGGAUCUAGGCUUCUGCGACGUGAUUCUGGUGAAGGAGGAGAACACCAGGUUUCGGGGCUGGCUGGUUCGGAGGCUCUGCUGUUUUCUGUGGUCACUGGAGCAACACAUACCACCUUGUCGGGAUGCCCCAGAGAAGAUCAUGGAAAGAACUGGGGUGCAGAAUGUCAUCUCAGGGAGGGACCCAGGAGGGGCUGGAGAAGGCCAGGUGUCAGGCCUUGUGAAGAAAGAGGUACAGCGCAUCCUGGGCCAUAUCCAGGCUCCACCCUGCCCCUUCCUACUCAGGCUAUUUAGCUGGGCGCUGCUGCGGUUCCUGAAAUGUGUCUUCCUGAACGUGCAGCUCCACAAGGGCCAGAUGAAGAUGGUCCACCAGGCCGCCCAGGCGCAGGGCUUGCCGCUUGUCCUCCUCUCUACCCACAAGUCCCUCCUGGAUGGGAUCCUGCUGCCCUUUGUGCUGCUCUCCCAAGGCCUGGGUGUGCUCCGUGUGGCUUGGGACCCCCGCACCUGCUCUCCCACCCUCAGAGCUCUGCUAAAGAAGCUUGGGGGCCUUUUCCUGCCCCCAGAGGCCAACCUCACCUUGGACAGCUCUGAGGGAGUCCUUGCAAGGGCCGUGGUCCAUGCCGCUAUAGAGCAGCUGUUGGUCAGCAAGCAGCCCUUGCUUAUAUUCCUGGAAGAGCCUCCUGGGGUCCUGGGGCCUCGGCUGUCAGCCCUGGGCCAAACCUGGCUGGGACUGGUGGUGGAGGCUGUCCAGCUGGGCGUUGUCCCAGAUGCUAUGCUGGUGCCAGUGGCCAUCACCUAUGAUCUGGUUCCAGAUGCACCCUGUGAUGCAUACCACGCCUCGGCCCCACUGGGGUUGUGGACAGGAGCUCUGGCUGUCCUGCGGAUCCUGCGAGGCUGGGGCCGCAGCCGCCCAGUCUGUGUCCGUGUUCACCUGGCCCAGCCCUUCUCCCUACAGGAAUACACCAUCAACGCUAGAAGCUGCUGGGGCAGCAGGCAGACCCUGGAGCAGCUGCUGCAGCCCAUCGUGCUGGGCCAAUGCACUACUGUCCCGGACACGGAGAAGGAGCAGGAGUGGACUCCAGCAACUGGGCCCCUUCUGGCGCUCAAGGAAGAGGACCAGCUCCUGGUCAGGAGGCUGAGCCGUCAUGUCCUGAAUGCCAGCGUGAUGAGCUCGGCAGUGAUGAGCACAGCCAUCAUGGCGACACUGCUGCUCUUCAAGCACCAGAAGGGUGUGUUCCUGUCACAGCUCCUGGGGGAGUUCUCCUGGCUGACCGAGGAGACGCUACUGCGUGGCUUUGACGUGGGCUUCUCAGGGCAGUUGCGGUGCCUUGUGCAGCACACGCUGAGCCUGCUACAGGCACAUGUGACCCUCCUCCGCGUCCAUCAGGGGGACUUGCUCGUAGUUCCUCGGCUGGGUCCCGGCCUCACACACCUGGCACAUCUGAGUGCUGAGCUGCUGCCUGCCUUCCUGAGUGAGGCUGUGGGUGCCUGUGCUGUCCGGGGGCUGUUGGCAGGCAGGGUGCCGCCUGAGGGACCCUGGGAACUACAGGGCAUCGAGCUGCUGAGCCAGAACGAGCUGUACCGCCAAAUCCUGCUGCUGCUGCACUUGCUACCACAGGACCUGCUGCUGUUACAGCCCUGUCAGUCUUCCUACUGCUACUGUCAGGAAGUGCUGGACCGUCUCAUCCAGUGUGGGCUCCUGGUUGCCGAGGAGACCCCAGGCUCCAGGCCAGCCUGUGACACAGGGCGGCAGCGUUUAAGCGCAAAGCUGCUGUGGAAGCCAAGUGGAGACUUUACUGAUAGUGACAGUGAUGACUUCGAGGAGGCUGAGGGCCGGUUCUUCAGGGUAAGUUGGGAGAAGCCACAGUGGAAGGAGGGGGCAGGCAGGCAGUGGGAACUGCCCUCAUUCUGGUCUGUCCCCUCCAGCUCAGUCAGCAGUCACGCUGCCCUGACUUCUUCCUCUUCCUCUGCCGCCUGCUCAGCCCGCUGCUCCAGGCCUUUGCACAGGCUGCCACCUUCCUCCACCAGGGACAGCUGCCUGAUACAGGUGAGGCCCACACUUCCCUGGCUCUCCAGAGGGAGGGGGGAGAGCUCAGGGCAGAGGCUGUGCAGGGGCCCCAGGCCUAGGUUUUUCUCUCCCACAGAGUCGGGCUAUGCUGAGCAGCUGUUCCAGUUCUUGCAGGCCACUGCCCAGGAGGAAGGGUUCUUUGAGUGCGCAGACCCAAAUCUUGCUAUCAGUGCUAUUUGGACCUUCAGAGACCUGGGGGUGCUGCAACAGACACCCAGCCCUGCAGGCCCCAUGCUCUACCUGUCCCCUGCGUUCACCAGCUGGGAAAAUCAGGAGAAGCUGGAACAGUUCAUCCGGCAGUUCAUUUGCAGCUAGAACUGUGGGAUGGAGUGCCUGCUGAGAUUCUCAGCCCCAGAUCAUAGCCAUGCUCUGGAGCCAGAAGACUGGAAGGGAGGCUGUACACCCCUACCCGAACUGUAUAUAAAACCUUUUCUUGUUUCAUU